GACGGCCCUCCCGAGUCAGCCAUCUUUCAAUUGUGCUCUCAGCCGCCGUCGCCCGCAGCAGCUUUAGCGCCUCCUCGCUCUUCCUCGCCUGCUCGGCAGCCGCGCUCAGCCUCAGCGGACGGGGGUAAGUCGUCAGCCUCGCUCCCUCCCGCGGCGGCGGCGCCCCCCCUCCCGCCAGCUUAGCCAGGGACCCCUCCGGGCUGCCCCCCGAACCUCUCCGGCAAACUUCUGGGAAGAGCUGCGGUUGGGGGGCAGGCGAGUCCCCAGCGCAGCCGAGGAGACGGCUCCUUCGCGCAGGGCCCCCCAGCCCCACUUCGCGCGGCUCCUGCCCCCCUCCAGCGCCCUCCCCGCACCCCGGACCCCCACCAUCCUCCUCCCCAGCCCCUCACCUGCCCCCUCGGCCCCUCGUCGCCCCGCAUCGGAGCUGGGAAGCGGCUGCAAACUGGAGCCAGUUGCCAGCCCGGGGAAACUCGCCUGCCUGCCUGCCUUCCCUGGCUCCCCACAGUUGUUGCUCAGCUUCACCAUCUUGUCUCUUUUCUCUGGUCACCGACCAUAUUUUUUUCUCUCCUAUUGCAUAAAAACAAUAAAAAGGGGAGAAAUGUGCCCAGGAAACGAUCCAAACCCAGCGCGAUUUGGGGGGAUUCUCGGUCCAAACUUUUCCUCUCCCCGGUAGCCCGUCGGACCCCACAUAGUUUGGAGCUGCUGGGGGAUUUUUUUCCGGGGGGUUGUUAUUGUGUUGCUAUUUUAUUUUUUUAUUUUUUCCCCCUCCCCGUCUCUCUCUUUCUCUCCCUGCAAUAGGGAGUCUAAGGCUGCAUUUCGUGAUUGUUUCCAUUUUGUUGGGGAUGAGUUUGCCAGCGAGAGGCGCUUGGGAGCGAGGCAGCCUCAGCACUGGCAAUUGGGCAGGCGGGAGCAGCACCGAAAAACCUGACCCCCCAAAAGUUCGUUGCUUUCUUGCACUUAAAAUCUGACGUGGUAUUUCCCCCCUUCCUUUUGUGGAAUAAAACCUGGCUCGUCUACGGCUUCCAUUUGUUUUUCCUUCGCGCGCACGGCAGGGCGAGGGGAACGGUGGCUGCUUUGCAGGAGAACACUUUAAGGCUUGGGAGUCCCCCUGUUUUCUUUUCUGUUUUUAAACGGAUUUUUGUUUUUUGCUCAAUGCAAGCCUUAAAUCAGCUGCACGUCCCCCGGCGUUUUCGGCAAUUAUUGGCACUUUUUCUGAGCCCACGGGAGGGGGUUAGGAACCGCUUGUGUUGUGUUGGAAUCGCCCCUCUCUCAUCUUUUUGACUGCUGCUGCAUCGCUCCAGUUUUUUGCCCUGGGCAAGGGCUGCAUUUUAGCAGGCUACUACAAUCCUAGGCAUUUAUUUUACUGUUAAAUAAAUUAGAUCCCCCCUCCCUGACCAUUUUACCAUCCAAUCCAGCACUUGCAAGGGAAAGGAUUUCUUUAUGUGGCAAGCUCGCAGGCGGGGAAGUCUGCUGCUUGGCUUGCUACCGGAGGUGUGGAUCCGCAGCUUUUUAAUCGCUUAAGGUUUUGGAGGUCCUUAACAUCGGAUGCAUUGUUGUUGUCUUUGCAAAGGCAGUUUUAAAAACAAAUAAAUCUGCAUUUUCGGAAACCCUUUCCCCCCCUCCUCUGGUGGCUGCUGUGUGGCGGUAUAGUGAUCGCGUGGGUGAUUUCUUACCGAUAGGUGUAAGGAAGAGAAGUUCGCGGGAACAUGGCUCGUACCAAGCAAACUGCCCGUAAAUCCACCGGUGGGAAGGCGCCCAGGAAGCAACUGGCGACAAAAGCCGCUCGCAAGAGCGCGCCCUCUACUGGUGGGGUCAAGAAACCUCAUCGCUACAGGUAUAGAAAUGACCGCGAACAAAAGUAUUGUGAUGUUAUAGUCCCCAAACAACGCGGAAAUGUUUAUCGGAACGCAACUUUUUGCUUCGGGGAUUUUUAUUUUUAAAAUCUUUCACAUUGAAUCGGAUUAUACUGGCAAGGUCUCCGUUGUUUCUUCUCUUGACGGAAAAAGAAAAAUGUCAACAUAAAAAUAUUUUAUAUUGAACAUUUCCUCCGAAAAAAGCUGUAAGAUCGCCUUUGAUAGUAAUAUAUCAAUGGUAUUGAUUAAAUGGAUUUUAAAAAUAAAAUCUGAAAAUCGCAAUAUUAAGUUUUAAAAAACAAAUCUGGUUCUGUCGUGUUUAGGAUGUAGUAAUAGGGCUUGCUGAUUAAUGAAGGUGUUGGAAGAAGCCUGCUUUAUUUAAAACUUGCCGAGCCUGAUAAUUUUUCAUUUAUUUAAAUUAGUUUAGCUCCUCAGCUGUUACUGUAAAACUGAUAUAAUUUGUUCAUAGUACCACUAGAGGGCAGUAGCUGCCUCCAGAUAAGCAGGUAAAUAGCAGGCUUUACACUUUUAAAUGUUGUUUUUAAGACUGUGUAUACACAAAUUGAUAAAUUGUAAUUACUGAUAUUCUUCUAGUAGCCAUUUUUCUCAUCAGUUUCAUAAUAUUUACAUUGCAUAAAGAGGACAUAAAGAAAAAUGAGUACUGAGAAGAGACUCUUUAAUGGUUUCUAGCAUUCUGUUUUGGACCGUUCUUUUUAGCUGAAACCUAUGUGACUUAUUUUAGCAUGUCACUACUUCGUUUUGUAGAAGUUGGUCUUGCACAAAAUGUUCUUGUAUGCUCAUGUCUCUUGAAUGGAACAGUUAUUCAAACUUUCAUUUCUCUCUGGAAUUUUGUAUGCUCUAUUUUUUGGAGAUGAAGACAAAAAGCUUAUUUGUCUUGUUUCUUCUUCUUUGUUUGAUCAUUUAAAGGCCAGGUACUGUGGCUCUUCGUGAAAUCAGGCGUUAUCAGAAGUCAACCGAACUUCUGAUCCGCAAACUUCCUUUUCAGCGCCUGGUGCGUGAAAUUGCUCAGGACUUCAAAACAGAUCUGCGUUUCCAGAGCGCAGCUAUUGGUGCUUUGCAGGUAAAAAUCAUAUUGUAUCUUACUAGCUGCCCUUAACCCCCCAAAUGGCAAGAUGCCCCUUAAUAGAACUGAUAAUGCAUGUCUGAACAAUAUAAUUUCAGGUGAGUACUUAUCAGUGUUUUCCACCCCAUAACCUUAUAUAUGAACUUUGUUUUCAAUUAGCCAUUUUGUGUCCCAAAUUGUUUCUUUCUAAGUUACAAUUAUCUAGCUUUUAAAAAGACAUGGGGAAAGGUGCUUAGAGGUAAACUCUUUCUACCAAAGUAAUUCAGCUGACUUUUAAAAAUAUAUACAUGAGACUUAAUUUACAACUGUCUCAGACAGGACACAUGUGGGUAUAGCUUUACCAUCACAAAUGACAUGAAAAGCCCUUUCUAGAGUGCAGCCAUUAACAGCACUGUGCCGUUAGUACGUGAGGGAGUAUGUGAUUGGUUACUUCCAUACGCUCAUCUUAUUGGUUGAGCUGUUUCUAUGGUUAGUCAAAACUUCACGCAAUUGGUGGGUUUCACAAGUAAGCAUCCAUGUGUUUGUAGGUGCGCAGAUAACUACCAGCAUUUGGGAGAACUAAAGUAAUUCACCUCCUUGAGGAAGAUCUUAAAACUUGAAAUGUUGGAACAUAAGGAUUUCAAAAAUAGAUCUACUAAAGGAACUGCAAAUGAAUCCAUUAUUUCUUUCCACUACCCUUCAAGAUUCAUUUUUUUAUUUUUACUCUGCACAAAGGUUGACCCAAACCAUUUCUGAGAUUUGUCAGGAAUAUGAUCUACGUUACGCUGCAUCAGAAUACUUAGCAGCUUCUGCCUUUGUCAAGCCUCCAAGUAACUUCCACAUACCUUUCCUCUUUCCACACAUCGUUAGGAAGAGCAAGGGGUACCUGUUAGGAUGUGGUUGGGAUACACCUGGUAUGUGAGAUGUACUUUUUGAGCCCUUCUGUAAGAUAACCAAUUGAAGACAGAAUGCUGCAGUGGGAGGACCUUGGUCUGAUCCGGCAAGACAAUUUGUAUGUUCUCCAACGAAACACAAAGCUUGCAUUAGUGUUAGAUAUGGUGAUUUCCAAAUAUGGAGAGGGAACUUGUGCUGUUUUCUAAUUCUCUUUCUUGGUUUAUUUCCACAAAUUACUGAUGUGUAAGUAGCUAUAUGUGAAGAGCAUGACACUACCAGUUCUAGGCAGAUCCAGUGUAUUUUCCAAAAGCAGAAAGGCACAUUAUCCUUUUCCAUGCAACACUUAUGUGCACAAGAGUGAUGUAAGCAUGGCUAGGUUGUGGUGAGGACAACAACUUAACAAGGGAGAAGCAGCCCUUAGUUUGUAAGCGCUACACUCAGGGGGCAGAGAGCAUUUAAUACUUUACAGACCUAUUUGACAUUCUCAGAAGCAGUUCCCAGACAGAACUGAUUUGUCAGUCGUGGGACUCACAUAAACCCAAAUGUUUUGCAGCAUGCUUUGCCUGCUCUGUAUGAUGUAACACUGUCACCUCCUGCUCUAAAGGGACAGAGGUACAAGAAAGAAGUCCAUUAGCCAUCCUAAGAAUAAUGUCGGCAUAUCACAAGAUUUGUGAUUGAAACAUGUACAGUUCUACACAGCAUAUGCAGAAUUCAAGCUAAAACAGGUGUCUAAAAAAUUCAGCACAGUCUAGAAUCCAGACUCUAGAUGAAGCCUGCCUUAUUUGUGGCCCAUCGACUCUUAACACAACCCACCAUCACGCUGGUGCAUGACCCCCACUAUGUUUGCAGUCCCAGACUGAUUACCAAAGAAUAGGAAUUUUAUUGACAGCCGUAUAGGGUCAACAGGCUGCACUUGUCUUGUGUACGGUCCUCCAGCCAGGGUGCUAUGAGGUUUCUGGCUACCCAUUGCCAGAUUAUGAUUUUUAAAGCAACACUGAAUGGCUGAGAAAUCAGAGUGCAGCAUGGACAUCAAAGAAAUCGCUUUAUUGUUGGUAAAAAGUAGCAGUGGUGCUGCUGCUUCAUAAAACCCACAAUACACCUAUGUUCCUUGGCCAGAUCCUUGUCCAAUCCUGACCUUAUUUUAAUCCCAGGAUGAGCAGGCAUUAGGCUUUAAUUUUUAUACCACAACCCUGAGACCUACCAGCCUUAGCCAGGUGCAUAUAGUGGCUCAGGAGGGAUAACAUAAUGAGAAUUAAGGACAGCGUACCUCUGAGCAUAUGCCUGGUCCAUAUUAAAAAUCCACAUCUAUCUUCCUUUCUUUCAGUAUCCAAAAUUAGGGUGGAGUGGGAAAUACCUAUUAAUUGUUGGUUUGCUAGAUAGUUCGGAGCCAGAAAACAUGACCGUCAUACUGUAAAUCCCCCAGAGAUGUAUCAGUAGAUCCUGAUCUCCCUUCUGCCUUUCCUGUGAAGAUGGAUUCCAAAGUUUUAUACAGUGCUUGUGCAAGCAGAAAACAGCUUGCACAAACAGCCUUUCCUCUUGCCUCCACCUGCAGAAGGUUUUUUCCCUUUAAUUUGGGGGGUGGGGAGCAUCUCCUGAGCAGUGGGGCUUUCAGUCAUGGCUCUGUGGGAACAUGCCCCAAAUCGGGCAGAAAGAGUCCCUCUGCCUGAUUUUGGAUGAUUCUCCACCCAUUUCACUUCAGUCCUUACAACAUGGCCCCCAUUAUUCAGGAGGGCCCCCAACCCUCUGAAGAGGGUUUUUGGAAGUUACAAGUAGGAGGACGCGAAUAUCUGUUGUGUAAAGAGCAUUAUGCUCAAGUAACUACUUGAAACAAUCCUUUAACCGUUGUUGCCCCUGUGGAAGAGUUAACUUGCUACAAACCGCCUUAGUGGUGGAUUAGGAUCCAGUAGGGGCUUUUGUUUUGCAAGCUACAAGAACAGAAUGCUUUGGAGAAGAUAAUACAUACAUUAAUUAUGAUGGUUAAUGCCCAAUCCAGGUGUGGAAUCAAUCAGAGACAGGAUUUUAUAGUUGGGUGUAUCAGAACUCUAGGGCUACAAUACCUUUUUUUCUGUUUACCAACAUUUAUAUACCACUUGAUUUUAACACAACCUCUAAAUGAUUUACAAGGAAUAUCUUGUAAUUAAAACAUGGAACACACAUUUAAAAUCAGCAGUAAACUAACAAGAGAUUAAAGCAUGCCAAGAUCUAUGUGUGGAUAGGCUUUUUGGCAGGUGCCAAAAAGGAUACAGCAAAGGUACCUGAUGUCAGACGUCAAUAGGCAGAAAGCGCCAGAUUGUAGGUGGUAUCUCACCAAAAGAUGUAUUUUCCCCUCCCAAUUGCAUAAGACAAUUUAGAAGAGAGACAUAGCGAAAGUGUGCCAAUGUUUGUAAUUACUUGAGAGUCUGUGCGCUAUGGUUAAAACAUCCGAAUUAUUUUCUUCUCUCAACAGGAGGCAAGUGAGGCCUACCUGGUUGGCCUGUUUGAAGACACCAACCUGUGUGCUAUUCACGCCAAACGUGUCACAAUCAUGCCAAAAGAUAUCCAGCUAGCACGCCGCAUACGUGGAGAGCGUGCUUAAAUUCUUCUAAGAUGGAUUUGUCAUUCUCAAAACAAAAUAAAUCUCUUCUUCCUGUUAUUGGUAGUAAUGAACGUUAGAUAUUUUUUUCCAUGGGGUUAAAAGGUACCUAAGUAUAUGGUUGCAAAAAUGAGGGGGAAAAAAUAGAGGACAGAAUCGGGUAUUGGCAAGAUCUUUUUCAUUUUCAUUUGUGUGUGGAUUUUUAAUAUAAAUGUGGGGACAUAUAAUGCAUUAUUGCUAUCAAAAACCAUUUCAGUGAACAUAUUUCAGCAGUUCAACUUUAUAACAAUUAUAAAUAUGCCAGUCAAACUUUUCUGGACAAUGCCAGCAUUUGGAUUUUUUAAAAAAAUAGGUAAAUUUCUUAUUGAUGGCAACUAUAUGGUGUCUGUAACAUUUUUAUCAUACAGUAGAUUCCAUCCAUUCGCUAUACUUUUCUAACUAAGUUGUCCUACAUGCAAGUACAUGUUUUUAAUGUUGUCUGUCUUCUGUGCUGUUCCUGUAAGUUUGCUAUUAAAAUACAUG